CGUUGUUUUACGUUGACAACGUCAUUGUGUUCAACAUAAUACUAAGCCGCAUCAUACCGUGUGUAUAAAUAAAUAUUAAAUCACAUUAUACGCAUAAUAUUGACAUUCUAUGUUCUUCGUAGUUGGAAAGAAACUUGUGAUUUUGAAUACAUGAUUUAGACAACAAUAACGUUAUACAAGAUGUUUCGUCUCUUGCAAAGAGCCCUCGCAAUUUGGAUGUUCCUUGGCCAAGGACUACUUCCAAUUAUAAAAGGUAAUUUGCUCGGCCACUUCCAGGAAUUCGCCAUGCUUAAUCCAACUGAUACCAGUACAGUAGGCUCUACUGGCACAUUCCCACCAGAUGCUUUUCCACCAGAUAACGCUUUCCCAGCGAACAACGAUUUCCCACCAACAGACGUAAAUUUGCCUGGACAGUUGCCAUUUUCAUCAGAUUCUAAUGACCCCAAUCCAGAUCCGUCGGGUUUCAACCAAGGCUUGCCGAUAGGUAACUCCUUUCCCUCAAAUGCCAUUGACGACAAAAUCGGAUCUAUUUCGCCAAUAACAACGUUAAACAAUGGGGGAAGUAUGUUACCAACUGAGACAAACGAUUCAUUCGUUACUCCACUUGGUACCCCGUUAGACAGGAGUGUGGUAAUGCCAUCAGGCACUGUGAAUGAACCGAAACCAACCGUGGACUCGAAAGUGAAUUUCUUUCUUCCAUGGAUUCCAAAAGGAAGUUCGUUUGUAAAUCUGAAAGACGGAUCAGCACACGUAUUUCAACCAUCCGAUAACUGGAUGCAUGGCGAACUUGUAGGGCAGGCAAAUUUCGGUGUCAAUGUUUCGCCUGCGAAACCAAUUUCACCAACUGUGUCCAACCCGUCUGGUCCAGUAUUUGGUUCAAUGCCAGUGAACGCAAUGCCAUUGAACCCGAAACCUAUCACAUCCAUACAGUUGCCAAUACCUAUUGGUGCUGUCGACCAGCUACCGUCAGCCGAUACAAAUUUUAAUCCGGGAAAACCAGUUGCAAACACAGGGAUGAAUAUUAAACCCAUUCAGUUACCAAAACCAAUCGGUCCUAUCGACCACCUACCAUUAGCCACAGGAACAAAUUUCAAGCCGGGCAAACCAAUUGGUACAAUGGACAUUAGCAAAGUCAAUCCCAUUAAAACGGGUGUAUUACCAUUAGGAACGGUUGGAAUUCCGACAGGUUCUAAGCCAAUUGCGGAAACUUUAAGUGGGGUUGGAACAAUUAUUUUUAGCGGACUGGAUCUGAACCAUGGUACUAACGACAUAUUGAUGCGAAAUGGAAAUAAUUUUGCGGACCAAUGGGUCGGCGAUAUUUAUGAAGGACGAUCAAGACCAGUCGUAGUUGAAGUAACCGAGGCCCCUAUUACCGUUUCUCCGGCCUGCGAGGUAUUAGGUCAAAUUUCUUUGAAAACUAUGGGGCGAGACAAAGAAGAAUACGCCAAGCUGAGAAAACAGUGCGCCCAAGAACGUAAAGAAGCGAGAUUGACAUUAAAAGAACAAAAACAACUAUUUAAAGAACAAAAGCAAUUACUGACGGCCGCAAAACAAGGGGAAAAUAAAAUAAAUCAGGCCGUUCGACAAGAACAGAAGGCGAUUAAACGAGAGGAAAGACAGAACAACAUUGCAGCAAAGCAGGAACAGAAAGCAGUCUUACAAGAACAACCGGCGGCGAAGAAAGAAGAGAAAGCUGCUUUGAAAGCAUUCAAGCAAGAUCAGAAGGGUGCCGUACCGAUGGGGACGGUUGAUUUUGACACCAGCGGGGGACUCGUUGCGCAUAUGACAUUACCCGACAAAACAAUCUUUGUUGGAAAGAAAAGAAGGGGCAAUCCGCGAAGGAAUCGCCGUGCACCUGGCUGCAGUGGACAAGAUAGAGAACUGGGUCUUUGCAUGUCAGGUCCCGUCCAAACACAAUCUAGUGGAAAGGAAAUAAGGGUUCGUCGUGCACCUGGAUGCAAGGGAAAAGACAGAAAACUGGGGCUUUGCACGCCAGACGCGGUUGCUCCCCUUUCUCCAGCGUGUGAGGCUCUAGCUCAAAUGACUUUGAACACUACUGAGCAGCAAGAUAAGCAAGAAUUCGCCAGACUGACCCAACAGUGCGCGGAAGAAAGCAAACAAACGCUACAUAUAGUGAAGGAACAGAAACAGCAGCUGAAAGCGCAGGUGCAAAUCAUGAAGGCAGUAAAGCAGGAAGAGAAAGCCUUAAGGCAAGAGCAAAGAGCGACCAAACAAUUAGAGAAAGCUGUUAAACAAGCAGAAAGAGCGGAACAAAAAGCAGAGAGAGCUGCAUUGAAAGCAUUGAAACAGGAGCAGAAAGCAGUAGGUGCCAGGCCGAUAGGGUCGAUUGACUUAUCUAUUGACCAAGUUCAACCUGAUCAACUUUUAAAACUGACACCUGUUGACAUAAAGGUGUCCCAUACGCCAAGCCCCAUUCUGGACCUGUCUCUAAUAGAAAACAUCCCUGGCUUCGGAAAUAUAGACUGGGGUUCGAAGCUCGAAACGAUCCCUGGCCUCGGAAUAAUCGACUGGAGUGGAUAAACACAUGAUCUGAUAUUAAUAUGAGCAUCGUCCUUGUAAAACAGGGAUAAACCCUUUGCAUGCUGGGAAAUUUGUCGUCUGCUAAAAUGUCGUCUGCUGAAUUUGUAAAAAUAAGCAUUUUCUUCAUUUUUUUCAAAGAAUACUAUCAGAAUAGCAAACAGUUUGGAUCCAGAUGAGACGCCACGUUCUGUGGCGUCUCAUCUGGAUCCAAACUGUUUGCAAAGGCCUUUCAAAUUCGGUUCCCGCACUGAAAGGAUUAAAGGGGCGGUCAACCCGAUUGCUAUAUAUCAGGAAAAAAAGAAAAUACCGUAUUUUUUUACAAUUAUUUGUUUGUAUUGGUUAACAUAUCACGACUGGUAAAUUACAUUACUUGAAAAAUUGUGUUAAGUGUUCAUGUUUUCAGUAUAUUCGGUAAUACAAUUUUACCAGGUAAUUUUUAGCGUUCUGUUGUUGUCGUUUUAUUUUGUGAAAUUGCUUAUAUAACGUAUAAAAAAUACAAUGGUCAUUGUAUGAGCAUGAAUGACCGAGUGGUCUAAAUGGGAAACUUUUUACUCCAGGACUUCAGGGGUCAGUGGUUCGAGCCCUGUUCAGGGCUACUUUUUUCUCUUUUUUUUCCAUUUUAUUCUUGAUUUUAUACUGUACAUUUUUAGAUCCAAUGUUUAAAUGUAUCAAUAUAAAGCAUUUUAUGUCGGUAUUUUAGAACUUUUCUUUUUUCGUCAAUCUGGUUGACUGCCCCUUUAAUGAAUGUUCCUAUACUGGAUUUUCACUAAGGAGAGACUUCUUUCAAACAAACAAAAAGCGAAAAGUGUUGCCCCUUACGAAAUUUUAAUCACUCGCAUUCAUAUGUAUAUUCAUGUCCGGUUCAGGUAUAGUUUCUUUCUUUAUAUCGUAGUGUUCGUAACUAUGCAAAAGACUGACUCUGAUAUCGUGUUUUCGUGACAUGUAAGCACUGAACACUUGUUGAUGUUGUUUUUUUUUCUGAUUCCCAUACAAAUUAAAAAUACCUUUUAACUAUUUAACCUAUAUGCAAAGUGUGUAAAAAUAGUAUACGAUACAUUUUGUCUGUAAUAUAGUUUAAAUCAAAACAGCAAAGUAACGUUUAAUAUGUGUGUUAAUUUUGCUUUUACCCAAGUUUUGUUUUAUAUGACGCAAGUUUAAAGUGAGUUAGUGUGGUCCUUUCAUAUCAGUUGUUUUCAAAAUAAACGGAUGCUUAUAACUUACAAUAAACGCUACUGACAAUCUCUAUUAUAUGCGAACAUCUUAAGAGAAUCUCAACACAAGCUAUAAAUUUCUAUACUAAAUAGAUACCUAACAUUAAUUAAUUCAUUUACUAAACAUAAAAUAAAAUAAAAACAGUUAAUAAAAAGCUGCAACUAAUUGAAUAAUUUUACAUCGAUUAAAACAAUAAUAAAUGCGAAAAUAACAAAAAGAUAAGAAAAGCUACUGUAUUUAAUAAUGUGGAUAAAUAUACAACUGUAGAUGUAAAUAGAAAACGACCACACACUCACAGCUAAAUCUUAAUCCGUGAGACUGUGAAAUAUAAGGCUUAAAAUAACGAUCUGUAAUUUGUUUUUGCAGUCGUUGUUUUUAAGAUUGAUGCUUUUGAUAUUUUUAGUUUAAACCUGUGUUUGACACAUUAUACGUAAACAUAUUCAUCUUGUUUAAUGUUUUACAAGACUGCAUACUUAAUACCGAUGAAUUGUUUACUAUUUGCGGGAUUGAUAAUGUGCGAUUUAUUUCAUUUGUUGUUACAAAAUGCUGGCACAUAAACAGAUUUAUAAAAAAAAGUAAAUAUAUGUA